UGUGAGCGUGACUUCUCCGCUUUAAACCUUCCCGCUCCGGUUUGCCCCUCGCUGUCCAUCAAGCUUUUCAAUCUCUCCCCGGGUUAAACUGCUGCAAGUGUCGGAGCUCCUCGACCUUUGACCCCGGCAGCGCCUCUAAUCUGCGCGGAGGAAUGAGAGGCAUUCUUCAGCUGCUGCAGCAGGAGGUGGUGGAGGAGCUGCUGCUGCCGGUGGGAGGGGAACUCACGACGUAGUAGGGACCCAGUCAGUCAGUGAAGUUUCCAGCGACUCGGCCAUCGCGGUCUGGAGCUAGAUCCUCCCGGAGAUGAUCGUGCUCGGCGGAGGGGAUUUACGCGGGGAAACGAGGCGGUGAUCGCGGGAGUUUAUCAUCCGAUCAUGGGUCAGACGGCCGGGUCGGCUGUGUCCCAGCCCGCCAGCGUUGAUGGGUUGGAGAAAUCAUCAUCGUUGGCCAGCUGCGACGUGGUGGUGGACAGCGCCGCCAAUACCCAGAAUGCCCCUGCAACGCGGCAGCAGCGAGGCAAGCUGUCGUCACUAGGGAAACUGUUCAAGCCCUGGAAGUGGAGGAAGAAGAAGACCAGUGACAAGUUCCAGGAUCUUUCCAAAGUUCUAGAGAGAAAAAUCUCCACCAGACAAACGAGGGAGGAGCUGAUCAAGAAAGGAGUUCUCAUCGCCGAACAAGAAGAAGCAAACAACAGUCAAAAUCUCAAUGGCCACGCCACGUCCAGCGUGACGUCAGAGGAGGUCAAAGUUGACAUAGAGUCACCAGAAUCGCUGCAGGAGGGAAAGGCCUCUGGGCCCGGCUGCACCGCGGAGAAAACAGCUAAAUCCUCCAAUCCAAAGAAGACAGGAGGCACUGCAAAGACCACCGCGGCCUCCACCUCCACCUCCACCCCUCGCUCUCGUGCAUCUAAGGACGCGGGAGCUGCAGCACAGGCCGAGGGAAAAGAUGCAAAGACCAAGCACAAAUCUUGCAUUCCCGUACCUCAAAAGGCCACCGUAGAGACUCCUAGUCCACCUCGGGGGUCAAAGUCCUCGACCCCUUCCUCAGACACGAAGCCCAUCUCAUCCAAAGCCUCAGGCAGUGAGACUGAGGGAGCUGCCUCCCAGUCUGCUCCCAGUGCAUCCGCUGUGGGCGAGGAGAAUCACAAAGGUCCGGCUCCUGAAUCUGCAGUCCAGCCUCCUCAUGUCAACACUGAUACAGAGGACACUUCCUUCACAGAGGUAGAGACGGAGACCUGCUCCCAGGGGGAGGAACGGGAGAGAACAGGUGGAGAGGAAGAAAAGAAGAAAGGAGAAACCGAUUCUGCUGUGGAGAACAGUCCCAGGUCAGCUGAGGGCCGAGCUGAGAAGCCCCAGUGCCUGAGUGUGAACACAUACAAGGCCUUGGUGACGGUGAUCCCUGAUAGGCCGAGAGACAGCCAAACUAGUGACUCCGACUCCGACGGUCCAAUCCUGUACCGGGAUGAGGAGGAAGACGACGAGGAGGAUGACGAGUACACAAAUAGUUCUCUGGCCAGUAAGAUCCGCCGGCGGGACACGCUAAACAUCAAGCUCAGGAACCGGCCCAGCAUGAGAGAGCUGGAGGACAAGAACAUUCUGCCCCGGAGCUCUGAGACGGAGAGACUCGAGCUCCGUCAGAAGAUAGGCAGCAAACUAGUCAGACGCCUGAGCCAAAGACCCACCACAGACGAGCUGGAGCAGAGAAACAUCCUCAAGCAAAAGAAUGAUUUGGAGGCGCAAGAAGCCAGGCAAGAGAUUAAAAGGAGGCUCUCCAGAAAGUUGAGUGUGAGACCAACAGUGGCCGAGCUUGUCGCCCGACGGAUCCUUUGCUUUAAUGAGUACGUGGAGGUAACAGACGCCAAGGAUUACGACCGGCGGGCGGACAAACCCUGGACACGGCUUACUCCUGCUGACAAGGCUGCCAUUCGGAAGGAGCUGAAUGAGUUUAAGAGCCGGGAGAUGGAGGUUCAUGAAGACAGCAAACAGUUCACCAGAUUCCAUCGGCCCUAGUCGCUCGCUGUCAGCCGGACGUCAGCACCACGACCUCUCGGGGUCGGGGGGGCCACAGCUCCCAGCCCUGCGGACCCUCAGCACACAGCUCAGUCCACUUUACUUGCCCCUGAAGUAUUUAUAUCCCCAGUGACAGCUACAGGUGUGUCUUAAGGCCCCGGCCAUCCACAGGCUCUGGUGAAAUACAUAACACAAAUCUAUAGCUGUAGAAACAUUUAUUUAUUGUAUAAUUGUAUAACCCAGAGGUUAUACAAUAAUUGUAUAACCCAGAGGUAGAAAUGGGUGAAACUGCCGUUGUUACAAUGAAUGUGGCUCAAGUGUACUUUCAAGUUUUCGUACAUGCUGUGGUUUGCCUUUUCAAUAACUGCCAAACGGCCAUAUAUGGACAUCCUCCUGGAGCAGGAGGUGCGCGUGAUUGGACCGUUGUCUGCUGUUGUCAGGAGGGGGGGGAGAGGAGGCUGGCUCUGCUCCCAUGUGCCCCUCACAGCUCAGUCUGAAAUACUGCAGUUCAUUUGGUUUCAGACAUGUUCAGAGUGUAACAUUGCCACUAGGGGGCAUUAUAUCAUCAGGGUUGUGGCCCGUGAGGAAGCAGCCGUUUGUGUAGAUGAAGAAUAAAAUGCGAAUGUUAUAUUUAUAACCGCUGAGGGAGCUGUGGGCUCCUCAGGCUUUCACAGCAUAGUGCAAUGGAAAUCACUCGGAGUAGAGCCGCUGCUAGUCGCCCGGCUCUCUUCCUGAUGGUCGUGUGUCAUGUCAUCACUCAUCCUGCGUUGAGUCAUCAAGCUUGCAGGGGAUGUACUUUCCAUGCUUUGACUCCGGUAUCUCAUGUUUAAGGCCUACUUAGAGUGAUUUGGUGCCAAAGAGAAAGCCAGAUUUUGGUUGCACAUCUGCCUCCUACUGGGUCCAGCUUCUCGCGUGGACUUCAUAUGAAAGUUUUGUGACUAUCGAGCAGGCAGGGAGUGUUCCAGCACUGAAUGUUAAAUGUGAAGAGGGUCGUUAUCGAUGAUUUGUAUUUGGCUGAGAACCCAAACCUUUAACUUCAGCUGUCAGAAAUAUUGAAGGACUCACAAAAGAAGAAGAAGAAAAGAAAAAACAACAAAACAUGUUGCCUACUAAUUCCCGUCAUCUGAAAUUCAACAAACACACUCGUCAUUUUUCGUUCUGUGCGUGUUUUGACUGGAAAGAAGAUUGUUUGAUGAGUGAUCCAUGAGGACUCGCGUUCAAACAAAAGUCCUGCAGCCUCCUCGUCAUUCCAACAACUGAAGAGGAGCGAGUUGUUCUCUCGGAGGCCGCGACAUGAAAGGAUGUGCGCUGAUGGAAAAAGAUACCAACAGUAUUCAUUCAUGUCAAUAUCUAUGUUCUUGUAUAUUGAUUAUUUUGUACAGAAUGUAUAUGGAGCAUGUGCAUACAUUUAAAUCCCCUUGACUACCAAUAUGAUACAAUGCAACGUCUAUGUGAAUGUUUUAAGCUCUGAUUUUAGUCGUCUUAUUUUUAUUCUAUCGUCUCGUGCAGCGCAAAUACAGCUGCGGUUUCUAUUCUGUCUUUAUCAAACCUACUGGUUUCCCAAGCAAACCAUGGAUGAGACAUUCUGCAGGUAAAUAAAUCCCAUUACUUCAUCCUCUGCUCAGCAGGUGCAGUUCAGUUUCUUCAUGCAUAGUGACUCAGUGUCUCCUCAGACCGUAUGUUACCCUGUACAAACUCGAAAAAAUAAGCAAACAGUAAACAGACUGUAAAUAAAGAUGGAAGGCGCGUCUCCACUUCCUCCCACUAUCCAGAAAUUAAAUAUCCCGGAUAUGAACACUGCCAAUUUGUAUAUUUGGAGCCAGAGUCUGUGCGGCUUAUUGAUUGAAGGUCCCGCCAAUACACACACUCGAACCAAUCAUGAGUCAGUCAGUUAAAGUUAAAUGAGAUAAAGCAGAUCUGGUAUCACUUUAUUUUUACCCAGUGUACUGUAUUUAACACUCAUAGACAGGAUACAGUCAAUGAGUUAAUGCUUAUGUAGUUAUAAACAGAUAUAAAGUAUUUAUCAGUGUAUUUUUAAACUCCUUAUAUGAAGCAUAGACACAUUUAUGAACAGUUUACAACAAUUACAUCCAUCUGAUACAAUGUUAUUAACCAUUUAUAGCAUAGUUCACAAGAGACUACAUUAUACUGUGUUACAAAUGUUUACUGGUUAUAAACAUUAAAUUAAGGCAGUAAAAUAAAGUGGUACCUGAUAAGAAGCUUUAGAUAUAUUUGUUAUCUAAGUCCAGGCAACAGAGUUUUGUUUUCCCUUCUAAAGCAUAUGUGACUUUAUAAUUACAUAGAGGGGAGAGCUUUUCUGGAUUAUUACCACAUCAAUAAGUUUGUCUUUCUUCGGUAACAGUGAUGCCUUAAACGUGAAAUUAAGUACGGCUACUGCUGCUUUGCAAUUACGGAGACUUCCACCCUUUGAUGGAAAUGUUUACACGUGUGAACAAAGCCUGCGGCCUUCCUUCAAAUCAAAACCCACAUUUCAGACAGGAGGCAUCACCAGAUCUCUGCUGCUGCUGCUGAUCGAAAGUCUUUUAUAAUCUUUUCUCGAUCCUGUAAAAACUCACAGUGAGGUGACAUGACUCGCCCCGGGAAUCGAUUUCUCUUCUUCCAACUCCAAAGGCAGAAAGAGGCUUAAAGCAGCGAAGACCCAGGACUGACAAGUCACACGGACUAUAAACACCUUUACUGUAGGUUUGACAGUAAAUACUCAUCUUUGAACUUAUAUGAUGUCGUAUAUAUCCCAGAACUCCGUACUGUUACGUGCAAACUGUGUAUAUUGUUUUUGUAUAUAAAGAAUCAUGGAAAAAGCA